CAACAAACGCAAUGGUUGACGAUACGGGUGACGGUGACAGUGUGUGCGACGGUGCAAGGCAGACACCCAGCGCUGCCUGUCACCGAAAAGCAUACCGUGUCUGUGUCAAGCGUGCGGGCACACGCAUGCAGGCAAAAAUCACGCCGGCAGUGCAUAGCAUACUCGUCUCACUCUCAGCAUCUCACCAGAUAGAUCUGUACAGUACACACGUACGCCACGUCGCGCCGCCCAUCCAUCCAUCACUCCAUCACUCCUGUUCCACGAAGAUGGCAAGUUCGAGCGGCUCCUCAUGGUGGUUGUGCUGCUGCGCCGGAGUGGCGAAGGAGUAGCACUUGUCCCACCAUUUGUGCCUCUUCUCCUGGUAGGUGAGGUGGGCCGCCCUCCCGCUGGUCGACGGCAUCAGGCACAGGUCCACCUCCCUCUCCUCCACACCCACACCCUCCCCCUCGCCCUCCUUGACGGCGCCCUCCUCCCUUUUCUCCUCUUGCUUCGUCUUGCGCCGCUUCUUGGUGAAUUCCUUCUCUGUGGCAUCGCAGCCGUAGGUGAAGGUCCACCCUUGGCGGCGCUUGGUCUCCAUCCACCCGCCGAAGUGCUCUCGGAACUUCUGCAUGGACAUUGUGCCGUUGAAGAGCACUCGGCGGAUGGAUGGGUUGUCUUGAAUGAUGUCGCGCAGGUGGAGGUUGGGGACAUCCUUGCGGAUGGACGCGUCGCUCGAGUCGUUGUCGCAGACACACGACGCCACGACAUCCCACAACGCAAAACCUGCACACACACACACAGACACACAGACAUGUACACCACACACACAGAUAUCGAGAAUGCAGUGAGUGAGUGAGUGCAGAUCAGUUGGUGACGUCACGUGCCGUGACUGACCGUACCUACCGUGUUGUGGGAGUCGGUCCCGCUUCUCCGCGUAGCUCAGGGCCUUGGCGUCGGUGCCCUCGGGAUACAGCCAACUCACUGCAAUGCGCCAGAAGCUUCACUCACGGCAUGGCACAGACGGACACAAAUGGACGUCACUCACGUGAGGUCAUGCCAUGCAGUGCAGCAUUCAUUCAUUCAGCACUCACCUGUUGGUCGGGUUGCCGUAGAACUGCUGCUUCUCGCGCGACUUGGUUGAGGGGAAGGAGCCGAGGAUGAGGGUGUGGGGGUUGUCGCCGACGACGGGGUUGCAGGGGUGCUGCAGCAGCUCGUCUCCGCCAUCCUGCUGCUCCUCCUCCUCCUCCUCCUCCUCCUUGACCUCCUCCUUCACUCGCUUCCUGUGCUCCCCUUCAGCCAUCAUCUGCCUGCAGUGGUUGCAGCUUUCGCAGGGCGUCUGAUUCGGAUCUCGAGUUGGGGUCUAGC